AUGGUGGACGUGGGCAAGUGGCCCAUCUUCACCCUGCUGUCGCCUCAGGAGAUCGCGUCCAUCCGGAAAGCUUGUGUCUUCGGCACCUCAGCCAAUGAAGCACUCUAUGUCACUGACAGCGAUGAGGUCUUUGUAUUUGGACUGAACUACAGUAACUGUUUAGGAACUGGAGAUAACCAGAGUACACUUGUACCCAAAAAGCUGGAAGCCUUAUGUGGAAAGAAGAUUAAGAGUCUUAGUUAUGGGAGUGGACCCCAUGUUCUUCUCAGCACUGAAGAUGGAGUCGUGUAUGCCUGGGGCCACAAUGGCUACAGCCAGCUUGGGAAUGGGACAACCAACCAAGGCCUGGCACCCAUCCAGGUCUGCACCAACCUCUUGAUCAAGCAAGUGGUUGAAGUAGCUUGUGGCUCGCAUCAUUCAAUGGCUCUGGCAGCUGAUGGAGAGGUAUUUGCUUGGGGCUAUAACAACUGUGGCCAGGUGGGGUCAGGGUCCACCGCAAAUCAACCAACUCCUCGGAAGGUGACAAACUGUUUGCAUGUUAAGAGGGUAGUUGGCAUCGCCUGCGGUCAGACCUCAUCCAUGGCUGUUCUGGACAAUGGUGAGGUGUAUGGUUGGGGCUACAAUGGCAAUGGUCAGCUCGGCUUGGGAAACAAUGGCAAUCAGCUGACCCCUGUGAGAGUGGCAGCUCUGCACAGGGUGUGUGUGAACCAGAUUGUCUGCGGCUAUGCACAUACUCUAGCACUAACCGAUGAGGGCUUGCUCUAUGCCUGGGGAGCUAACACGUAUGGGCAGCUGGGAACUGGCAAUAAAAAUAACCUGCUAAGCCCAGCACACAUCAUGGUGGAGAAAGAAAGGGUGAUAGAGAUCGCGGCCUGCCACUCGGCGCACACGUCGGCCGCCAAGACGCAGGGCGGCCACGUGUACAUGUGGGGCCAGUGCCGCGGCCAGUCGGUGACCCUGCCGCACCUCACGCACUUCUCCUCCACCGACGACGUGUUCGCCUGCUUCGCCACGCCCGCCGUCACGUGGCGCCUGCUGUCUGCGGAGCAUGAAGACUUUCUAACAGUUGCAGAGUCACUGAAGAAAGAAUUUGACAGUCCAGAAACUGCCGAUCUGAAGUUUCGGAUUGAUGGGAAAUACAUCCAUGUCCAUAAAGCUGUUUUGAAAAUCAGGUGUGAGCACUUUCGAUCCAUGUUCCAGUCUUACUGGAAUGAGGACAUGAAGGAGGUGAUAGAAAUAGACCAGUUCUCCUACCCUGUGUAUCGUGCCUUUCUCCAGUACCUCUACACAGACACAGUGGAUCUGCCACCUGAGGACGCUAUAGGUCUUCUGGACUUGGCAACGUCUUACUGUGAAAACAGACUGAAGAAACUUUGUCAGCAUAUCAUCAAGCGAGGAAUCACCGUGGAGAAUGCCUUCUCACUGUUCUCCGCUGCGGUCAGAUAUGACGCAGAGGAUUUAGAAGAAUUCUGCUUUAAGUUUUGCAUCAAUCAUUUGACAGAAGUCACACAGACUGCAGCAUUUUGGCAAAUGGAUGGCCCUCUGCUAAAGGAAUUCAUUGCUAAAGCCAGUAAAUGUGGAGCCUUUAAGAACUGA